CCCGCUGGCCACCGCCGCCGUCGCCGGCGGCGGCGGCGGCUCGGCCCGCCGUUGCCUUCCCUCCCUCACCUUCCUCUCCAAGGUGUAUCAGGCCGGCGCUUCGUCGCGCCAUCGUGUUCACACCCCGCUGAUUCCACUUUCCCCCCGCCGUGCGCCAUCGCCAGCAGCAAUGGGCCCGCCAUGCUUACAGCGUUCCUUCGGCAGAGAUGUAUCCCCAAUGGCAAUAAUCUCUCGGGAUGGUGCACCAUCUGCCCCUACGCCGUCGGCGUGUCGCCACGAGCUACCCUGCCGGAGCUCCGCCUGACUGACGGAAAGAGAAAGAUGGAGAAAACUGAGGCAUUGACUUGGAGCGUUGGGAGUUAUGACUGGCCCAUUCGUCCACAUACCCUGUGUGAACGUGCGACCCACUGGUGAAUACAUAGUAGAGUAUUUUCUUCUAGCAAUACGUAGCAAGCACUCAUCCCUGAACCGAAUCAUAAAGUUAUCAGCACGGUUGAUAGACGUGCAGCCACUCAUUCUCGGGAGUACUAAGCCCACGCUUUCAUAUGCAAGAGCAACUGUGCAAAGAAUUGUAGCCCACGAGAUAUUUCUUGAUGGGCAAUUCCCGACGGCGACCGGCAAACAAUGCUGAAUAAUCCUCGCUCUUGCACCUUGUGUGGUCCUAGAAUCAUCAACGUUCCGGGCAAAGCUGGACACUCAUACUCCUGCAAAUGUGAUGACUGAUGAGCUUAUCUUGAACAAAAACCACACAAAAAGUCAGAGCAGCAUUAGAUCGUCCAAGGCUCCAAGCAUCUUCAUAACAUCCUCCUUCUCCUUUCAUUGCCUCCAUAUGAAAACAUCUCCUUCCAUUUGAUCACAGGCAUAUGUGAAAGAAGGUAUGACUCCCCUCCCAGUUUUUGUCCUCCUGUCAUUGGUUUGUUUCUGCAAAUCGGAUGACCGCCUUACUCCCGCAAAACCGCUCAAUGCCGGCGACAAGCUCGUUUCGAGCGGCGGCGUCUUUGCUCUUGGCUUCUUCACCCCGGCAAACUCAACUGCGGACUCGUACAUCGGCAUAUGGUACAACAAGAUCCCCGAGCGCACUUAUGUUUGGGUUGCUAACCGCGACAACCCGAUCAAGAAUGGUUCUUCUGGGAAGCUGGUUGUGAGCAGUAACUCUGACCUCGUCUUGUCUGACUCCCAAGGCCAUACUCUCUGGACAACCACAAACAACUUCACAUCCGCAACCACGGGAACUGCUGCUAUACUGUUGGACCCCGGAAACUUGGUCAUCCGGUUGCCGAACGGCACAGACAUAUGGCAGAGCUUCCAUUACCCGACCGACACCGCCCUCCCUGACAUGGUUUUACCACUGAGCACAAAUGAUGGUAUCUUGAGGCGCCUCGUUGCUUGGAGGGGCCCUGAUGACCCGGCCUCCAGCGACUACUCCAUGGGUGGUGACUCCAGCUCAGACCUCCAGGUUGUCAUCUGGAAUGGGACGAGACCAUAUUGGCGCAGAUCUGCGUGGGAUGGGUCAUUGGUCUCUGCCCUGUAUCAAAGCAUUACUGGCUUCAUCGUAACUGAAACAAUUGUUGACAGAGGGGGUGAGUUAUACAUGACAUUCACCGUCUCCGAGGGAUCACCAAGCAUGCGCAUGAUGCUGGACUACAAGGGCACUUUUAAAUUUCUGGUGUGGAACAGCAACUCAUCAUCAUGGGAGGCUUUCAUAGAGCAUCCUAGUCCUAUCUGUGAACGCUAUGCGUAUUGCGGACCAUUUGGCUACUGUGAUGCCACUGAAACAGUUCCGAAAUGCAACUGCCUCAGUGGGUUUGAGCCUGAUGGCGUUAACUUCUCCAAAGGGUGUCGGAGAAAGGAGGAUCUGAAAUGUGGUAAAGACAAUAAUUUCUCGACCCUGAGAGGUAUGAAGACACCUGACAAGUUCUUGUAUGUCAAGAACAGAAGCUUUGACCAAUGCACAGAAGAGUGCAGUCGCAAUUGCUCUUGUUCCGCAUAUGCUUAUGCUAACCUGAAAAAUGAAAGGGCUUAUGCUAACCUGAAAAAUGGAAGUGGGGAUGCGGACCAGUCAAGGUGCUUAAUUUGGUUGGGAGGACUUGUCGACACGGGGAAAUGUCAUGAUGGUGGUGGUGAGAACCUGUACCUCCGCCUUGCCAGUUCAACAGUUGACAAGGAGAGUAAUGUAUUGAAGAUUAUACUCCCAAUAGUGGCUGGUCUGCUGAUACUCGCAUCCAUCUGCCUUGUGUGGAUAUGCAAGUCAAGAGGUAAACGACGAAUCAAGGAGAUUAAGAACAAACAUACACGACAGCACUUGCAAAAUUCUAAGUUGAACGAACUUGAGAAUGAAAGUAUAGACCUUCCAUAUAUUUGCUUUGAAGACAUUGUUACUGCAAUAGACAAUUUCUCAGACUACAAAAUGCUUGGGAAAGGUGGCUUUGGAAAAGUUUACAAGGGACUAUUAGAAGGUGGUGGUAAGGAAGUUGCUGUCAAAAGGCUUAGUAAAAGUUCCGGCCAAGGGGCCGACGAGUUCAGAAAUGAAGUUGUUCUAAUUGCCAAAUUACAGCAUAGAAACUUAGUUAGACUUCUUGGUUACUGCACUCAUGAAGAUGAAAAGUUAUCGAUAUAUGAAUACUUACCUAACAAAAGCUUGGAUGCCUUCCUUUUUGAUGCAACAAGAAAUUCUGUGCUUGAUUGGCUUACCCGGUUCAAGGUAAUUAAAGGGAUAGCGAGAGGUCUUCUUUAUCUCCACCAAGAUUCAAGGAUAUUUGAAGGAAAUGAGCAACAAGCGAACACUAUCCGCGUUGUUGGGACAUGUGGUUACAUGUCUCCUGAAUAUGCAAUGGAAGGUUCCUCUUCUGUCAAGUCUGACACAUAUAGCUUUGGCGUUCUAUUGUUGGAGAUUGUAAGCGGGUCAAAGAUCAGUUCAUCCCAUUUCAUGACGGACUUUACAAACCUUAUAGCUUACGCCUGGAGCUUAUGGAAAGAUGGAAAUGCAAGAGAAUUGGUGGACUCGUCCAUUGUGGAGAACUGUCCACUUCAUGAAGUUCUACGAUGUAUUCAUAUAGGUCUCUUGUGUGUUCAAGACAAUCCAAGUGCCAGGCCGCUCAUGUCAUCCACUGUGUUCAUGCUAGAAAAUGAAACGGCCCCGCUUCCUACUCCGAAGGAGCCUCUAUACUUUAGGCAACGAUAUGAUGAGGUUGAAGACCAAAGAGAUACCAUGGGAAUAACCCUGAAUAAGAUGACUAUCACUGUGCAAGAGGGGCGUUAGAUGUUUAAUUCAUUGUUCUCCUUUUUUGUAAACUUCUCUAGUUUGUAUAGGUGAACAGUUCAGCAAUUCAUAUUCCUAUGGAUAAAUAAAUAAUCCAUUGAGUGCAUUGUAAUCCUGGUCGUGGGUUAUUUUCAUAGAUGGUUUCCAUGUGUGGAAUUUA